UGGCAAGAAAUAAGUAGAAAAAACAUUGACUAAAAAAAAAAAAAAAAAAAUUCUCUUACAAGCUUAAACCCUUAAACCCUUUGAAACGGAAUCGGAGGACAAAGCCGCAUCAAAAUUUUCAACAAAUUUGUGAAUUUUCAAAGAGAAUCCAAAUCCAGUUCAAUUCGAACCGAAAAUUCUCAGUGGUAUAUCAGAUGGAUCAUUUUGCAGCAGCUGAAGAACAAUUAGCUUCCCAGAGACUUAGGCAAAAACUUGAGGAAGUGAAUGUAGCUGCUCAAACUCAGCUUGCCCCUGUUCAAGACCAUGUCAACUACACUCUUCAGAAAGCCUAUUUUAAAUGUGCAUAUGAGUGCUUUGAUAGAAGCAGAAGGCAGGAGGAGAUAAGCCAUUGUGUUGAAAAUUGCAGUUUUCCUAUUACUAAUGUGCAACAAGCGUUUGAUAAUGAAAUGGCAAAGUUUCAGGAGAAGUUGAAUAGAUCUCUGAUGGUUUGUCAAGAUAAGUACGAGGGAGCUAAGCUCCAGCAGAAAACCGGAGCUAUGAAUGUCAUGGUUUCCUGUGCUGACGAUGCAAUUCAAGACAGCAUUAAGAUGCUGCCACUUCUUACUAACAAGUUGAAGACUUCCUUUGGCAUUCGCGACGACACCGGUUCUUCCUAGCAAAAUUUGCUUUUCUCAGCAUUUAUCUUCAGUUGGCAAAGAAAAUUGGUGCUAGACAUUAUUUAACUAUUUAUGGAACACAAAAGUUAGCAUACUUUAUUCAUGUAAUUUUAUUGGUGAUGCAUCUUGAUCCACAAAAGACAUUUAGAA